CAGAGCUCGCGCACUCAGCAGGUCGGGCUGCGGCGGUGGCAGCUGGGCGAGCCGAGGCGCUGCGUGCGAAGGUCCCAGGCGCGUCUGCGUCUGCGUCUGCGUCUCCGCCACCCUCUCUCCUCAGUGUCGGUGUCGGGUGCUGAGGAAGGGAAGGCGCAAGCCUAGCCUUGGGAAGCCCGAGCACGCCCUUGGUUGCCUCCGACACCGCCCUCCUUUCCUUCCCAUCCGUGGGCCUCGCUCGGUGCUAGGCGACUCUGCGGGGGGCGGCGGCGGCGACUGCCAGUCUGUGGAGUCCUGCUGCCCCGCAGCCUCGCUCCUGCGUCCGUCCUGCAAAAGCCAAGGAAGCUCGGCGCCCUCCCUUCCUCUCGCCGUCCUCGUCUGCCGGUGGGAGCAGCGUCGGUCCGGGAGGGCUCUGGGCUGAGGCGGCGGCAGCUCCUCCGGCUCCAUCAUGUCCGCGGGCGGAGACUUCGGGAAUCCGCUGAGGAAAUUUAAACUGGUGUUCUUGGGGGAGCAGAGCGUUGGAAAGACAUCUUUGAUCACCAGAUUCAUGUAUGACAGUUUUGACAACACCUAUCAGGCAACAAUUGGCAUUGACUUUUUGUCAAAAACAAUGUACUUGGAGGAUCGAACAAUCAGGCUGCAGCUGUGGGAUACUGCGGGUCAGGAACGUUUCCGUAGCCUCAUUCCCAGUUACAUCCGUGAUUCUGCUGCAGCCGUAGUAGUUUACGAUAUCACAAAUGUUAACUCAUUCCAGCAAACUACAAAAUGGAUUGAUGAUGUCAGAACAGAGAGAGGAAGUGAUGUUAUCAUCAUGCUGGUAGGAAAUAAGACAGAUCUUGCUGAUAAGAGGCAAGUGUCAAUUGAGGAAGGAGAAAGGAAAGCCAAAGAGCUGAAUGUUAUGUUUAUUGAAACCAGUGCAAAAGCAGGCUACAAUGUAAAACAGCUUUUCCGACGUGUAGCAGCGGCUUUGCCUGGAAUGGAAAGUACACAGGACAGAAGCAGAGAAGACAUGAUUGACAUAAAGCUGGAAAAACCUCAGGAGCAGCCGGUCACCGAAGGAGGCUGCUCCUGCUAAUCCCCAGAGCGUGCUCAGCCCUUCUCCAGAGCCCGCGGCUCUGGCCCUGUACUCUUCCAUUGACUGCAGUGUGAAUAUUGGCUUAAACCUUUUCCCUUCAAUAAUAACAUUGCAAUUCAUCAUUGCUGCCUGUCUCGUGGAGAUGAUCUAUUAGCUUCACAAGCACAAAAGUGUCAGUGUCUUCAUUAUUUAUAUUUUACCCCCCCAAAAAAAAAAACCCACAAAAGAUUCCAGUGAUAACUGAAGAUUAGAUACAUUUUAUUAACAUUUUUCCUUUUUUAAUGUUCUGAUAAGAUACUUUAAAAUGAUGGAAAUGUCAGCAGUAUGUGUGGCUCGGUUACAGAGCAGUAUGUUCACAGCAUUUGCCCACCUAUUUGAUCUCUUACCACCUUUCUCACUUCUCCCUUACCCUCAUUUCCUAUUUCUGCCCUAUCACAAAACAAAUGAGGGGGGCCUGGGAGAUGGCUCAGUAGAGUGAGUGCUUCCCCUGGCAAGCGCAAGGGUCUUAGUUCAAUCCCCGGUUCCACCAAAAAAAAAACAAAUGAGGUGGCAAACAGCAGUCUGACGAAAACCAUUGGAAUUUCCUUCAGUUUUACAUAUACCACUUGCUGUAGCAGUAGGCCAAAAUGUCCAAACGUAUUCUGGAACACUGAUACAAAUUACUUAGACCUUCUUGAGUCAAAACUUAGCUGUCUUGUGAUGGGCAGUGCUUGAAUGAAGAAAGGGUUCUGCUGUAUCUUCAAAGUGAGUCCUAAUGAACAUACUAAGUAUUCACAGUAAAAUGUGAAAAGUAUUUCCAACCAAAACAAAUGAUGACCCUUUUGCAUGUGCUUUAUUAAACUCUGGGAGAGAAGUAACCAGUUAAUUCUUCAUGGUAAAAUCAUAAAGUUCUAAUGAACUCUUUCUCCCAAAAAUGUAAGACUGUGCAGACUUUUUCUUUUAAGAUCUUAUGCAAUAGGGUUUUUUUUUUUCUUUUUU